CUCGCCCCGUCCGGGGCGGCGGGUGGAACGCGGGCGCGGGCCGAUCAUCGGCGGCGGGGGCGAGGCGGGGGCCCGGCGGCGCGCGCGCGGGGACCAUGGCGUCAGUGCAGGCGUCCCGCCGCCAGUGGUGCUACCUGUGCGAUCUGCCCAAGAUGCCGUGGGCCAUGGUGUGGGACUUCAGCGAGGCCGUAUGUCGCGGCUGCGUGAAUUUCGAGGGCGCGGACCGCAUCGAGCUACUCAUCGACGCCGCCCGCCAGCUCAAGCGCAGCCACGUGCUCCCCGAGGGACGCUCGCCCGGGCCCCCCGCCCUCAAGCACCCGACCACCAAGGACCUGGCGGCGGCGACCUCACAGGGGCCCCCGUUGCCACCGCCGCAGGCCCAGACCCAGCCAUCGGGGACCGGCGGCGGCGGUGGCGUCUCCGGCCCGGACCGCUAUGACAGGGCCACAUCUUCCGGCCGCCUCCCCCUGCCGUCACCCGCCCUGGAAUACACCCUGGGGUCCCGCCUGGCUAAUGGGCUGGGCCGCGAGGAGGUCGUGGCAGAAGGGGCACGCAGGGCUUUGCUUGGCUCCAUGCCCAGCCUGAUGCCCCCCGGGCUGCUGGCAGCUGCUGUGUCUGGCCUGGGCGGCCGAGGCCUGACCCUGGCACCCGGCUUGAGUCCUGUCCGUCCACUUUUCGGCUCUGAUUUCGAUAAGGAGAAGCAGCAGAGGAAUGCGGACUGUCUGGCAGAACUGAACGAGGCCAUGCGGGGUCGGGCAGAGGAGUGGCAUGGGCGCCCCAAAGCUGUGCGAGAGCAGCUCUUGGCGUUGUCCGCCUGCGCCCCCUUCAAUGUGCGCUUCAAGAAGGAUCACGGGCUGGUGGGGAGGGUGUUCGCCUUCGAUGCCGCAGCCCGCCCUCCAGGCUAUGAGUUCGAGCUGAAGCUCUUCACCGAGUACCCGUGUGGUUCUGGCAAUGUCUACGCGGGGGUCCUGGCUGUGGCCCGACAGAUGUUCCAUGAUGCUCUGCGGGAGCCGGGCAAGGCCCUGGCUUCCUCCGGGUUCAAGUACCUCGAGUAUGAACGCCGCCACGGUUCAGGCGAAUGGCGCCAGUUGGGCGAGCUGCUCACCGACGGGGUCCGCAGCUUCCGAGAGCCUGCGCCUGCUGAGGCCCUGCCGCAGCAGUACCCAGAGUCAGCUCCUGCAGCUCUGUGUGGCCCACCCCCGCGGGCCCCUUCCAGGAACCUGGCACCCACACCCCGCCGCCGCAAGGCAUCCCCGGAGCCUGAGGGCGAGGCGGCUGGGAAGAUGACCACUGAAGAGCAGCAGCAGCGACACUGGGUAGCACCCGGUGCCCCAUAUUCCACUGAGACCCCCGGCGUGCCCUCCCCCAUUGCCGCCCUGAAGAAUGUGGCCGAGGCCCUGGGUCACUCACCCAAGGACCCGAGUGGGGGCGGAGGCCCUGUGCGGGCUGGGGGUGCCAGCCCCGCAGCCUCCUCCACAGCCCAGCCGCCCACGCAGCAUCGCCUGGUGGCCCGCAAUGGGGAGGCGGAAGUCAGCCCCACAGCUGGGGCUGAAGCUGUCAGCGGGGGUGGUAGUGGCACGGGGGCGACCCCGGGGGCCCCCCUGUGCUGCACGCUGUGCCGGGAGCGGCUGGAAGACACCCACUUCGUCCAGUGCCCCUCGGUGCCCGGACACAAGUUCUGCUUUCCCUGCUCGCGGGAGUUCAUCAAGGCGCAGGGCCCGGCGGGGGAGGUAUACUGCCCCAGCGGCGACAAGUGCCCGCUGGUGGGCUCCACUGUCCCUUGGGCCUUCAUGCAGGGCGAGAUUGCCACCAUCCUCGCUGGAGACAUCAAGGUCAAGAAAGAACGGGACCCCUAGGCCACCACUGUCACCAGGCUACUGCCCCUACCCCCUUGCCACCCACUGCAGCUGUGGAUAAAUUAUUCCCUCCCCUCCCCAACCCAGUGCCACCCCUACCUGUGUACAUACCCCCUUCCCCUGCCCAGAUGGGUCCCCCGGGGUAGAUGCAUUGUGGGUGGGGGUUGAAAGCUUGUGGCUCCUGUCGGAGGUGGUGUUUGGGGUCCCUUGGCCCCUCCAAUGUCCCUCUCCCCUCCUUGGCUUGGCUUUGCUGCUGCUUGUAGUUGGGAGAGAGGUGCCCUGUUCUCACUGAGAAGAGGCCUCCUGAAAACUCGCUCUUUAUAAAUGAAGCGAAAGCAUUUUAUUGCUCCUUCUCCCACCCUUUUUGUCCUUCAAUAAACCGAAAGAUGGGUUUUUUC